AUGGCGUUAUCAAAAUCUGUCAUAAAAGCUCAGGAUAUUAUUUCUUGUAACCUUUGUGAAUCAGAGACAAAGUUAAAAUGGAAAUGUCUUGACUGUGACUUGUUAAUGUGUAAUAACUGUUGUGAUAAAGUUCAUCCAAAGUUUAAAAAUGCCAAAGACCACACAAUAGUAGACAUAAAACAGGUAGGAGUGGGUGGUACCAAUAGAUACUUAGACUUUACAAACAUCAAGUGUAAAGUACACACAACACAAUUAUGUUGUAUUUUCUGUAGUAAUUGUGAUAAACUGGCCUGCCCAAGCUGUAUUACAAAAGGCCAUACUGGACAUAACUUUAUUGAAAUUAAAGAAGCAUAUGAAAUGAAAGUAGAAUGGCUGAAAAAUAGAAAAGGAAAAUUAGAAAUGAAUGAUAAGAAGCUAGAUGAAGGAGAGAAAACACUUGAUGAAAUAUCAGUCAGGGAGAAUUCCAAUUGUCAGAAGACCAUUCAAGAUAUUCAACGUCAGAGAGAAGCAUUAAAAAGAGAGGUAGAUAAACAUGCUCUGAAACUCAUAGAAGAGAUAAAUCAGAAUAUGAGAAGUAUCAAAGAUUCAAUUUCUGAAGAGGAGAAAAAUGUCAAAACAAGGAGACAAAAAGUGAAAAAUAAUUUAGAGACAGCAGAUGAAAUGCUAACUACCAUGGACAUCCCUUUCUUCUUUGAGAAUGCUGACAUCAUAGCAAAAUCCAUUGAUGAUGAUGUAGAUCGGGUCAGUGUUAUCCAUAAACGUGUGCCAAAGUUUAAGUCAGGAAGCAUGUCACUAUCAAAUUUUGGGACACUUUUUGAAGACAAAAGUUCUAUCAAUACUGUACUAAAUAUGAAAGUGAAUAAGGAGUUCACCACUGGAUUAAAAUAUUGUCAUCAUAUAUCUGCUUGUUCUGAUGGGUCAUUGUGGAUGGGUGAUAGUGUAUCUAAAGUCUUACAAAAAGUAAAACCAGAGGGGAACAUUCUUACAACAGUAUUAACCAUAAAUACUGCAAUACAAGGUAUAGAAGGCACACAAAAUAACGAUCUACUGAUUUCAGAUGGAUCAACAAAGCUUAAACUUAUCAAUGGAAAGACUGGACAAGUCAGUGAUACAAAGUACAGUGUGGAUCCAUUAUUGGUAAUGUCUGUCUAUAUAACCAGUAACAACAAGGUUAUUGUAGGUGCAAAGAGUCCUGGUAAAUCCUUCCCUGUGACAGGAAGAAGAGUGGUGAUUGUAAUGGACCAGACGGGGAAUCAUCUAACCGUGUAUGAACACGAUAAACAUAAACAAAGAAUAUUUUCAUACCCUAGAAGUAUUACCACCACAAGUAAUGGGGAUAUCUUUGUUGUUGAUUGCCUUUCAUAUGAUGAAAGAGGAAGGGUGUUGGUAUUAGACAAGAGUGGGGAUAUUUUAAAUGAAUACACCGGGUGUCAAGAUAUAAAUACAGAAGAUAAACCGUUUAAACCAGUCAAUAUAACAGCUACACCAUCUAACAACAUCAUUGUGAGUGAUAUUUACCAGCAUCAUCUCCAUAUCCUUGACAGUUCUGCUAGUCUAAUAUCCUACUACAAUACCAAGGACAUAGGCAUAGAGUAUCCAAGCUGCAUUUUAUUUAAAAGUGCAACAGCAUUCUACCUUGGAUGUACCCAAUUUGCAGGUAGUGCAACAAAUGCUAAAUUGUGUGAGAUUCAGUGCUCAGGACUUUAG